AUGGUUUCAGGAAUCUCUACUACUUGUCUUUCGGGGCAGCCAUUGCUCGAUGAGCCGCACUACUAUACAGAGGCCAACUACAAUGCUGCAAGCUUGAAGCAGCCCAAAAGAGAAUGGGACAGAUCCUGUGGUGAACUGAAAACCAACAAAGCAGAAGAGGAUUUCAAAGAAGAAUCAUCUGUUCUGAUCUCCGAGCUCUUCCAUGGCUUUCUUGCAAUUGGAACUCUUGGUUCAGAAUCCCUCAUUACAGAGCCCGAGACACCAACAUUUUCAAUGUCUUUCCAGAAUGCAACAGCAGGGGAAAAACAGGUAACAGAGACUGAAUUGAAGCUUAUAAGUGAUGAGCUAGAGAAGUUCCUUGAAGCUGAAGCAAAAGAGGUAAGCAAUGAAUCAUCUGAGAGAAGCAGUCAUGCAAGCAUUAUUACGCUCAGUGGCAAGCCAAUUGAAGGCGCAGAUGCCGAGGAGGACGAAAAUUUGGGGGUUUGCCCACUGCAGGGAUAUCUUUUUGGCUCUUCAAUAGAAUUGCCUGAGAGAAGUGUGGAGGCAAAGAAAAAAAAGACUUCACUUGGGGAGCUCUUCAAGCAGAAUACCAUUGCUUACGAACAUUCCACCGAGAAAUGCGGCAAAGAGGAGAAACAAUCCAAGGGAAAAUAUGCCUCGUGCUUCAUGAAGAACAUAUUGAAAAAGCUCCAGUCCUCAAGGAGCUGUAAAGCUUCUGCGAGUUGUGAUGCUAAUGAAUCUAUUUCAAAGAGGAAACUACCUAAGGUCCUAAGAAUGUUUCACAAAAAAAUCCAUCCUGAAAAAUCAGCAGCUGACAAACAGCUCACCAAGGCACAGAGAUGUCAGAUCAAGGAUACUUCCGGUGAUGGUGGCUAUCACAAUGGAGAUCCAACAGUCAAUGAAGACAACAGAAAGUUCCCUGACAUAUCUGUGCUAAAGAAGGAAUUCACUACCUUGAACCCAUCUCAUAAGAGGCUCAACAGUGGUGGUUCAGCUGGGAAUACGGAGUACUGGAUUAAAACAGAUGCAGACUACAGAAGCAACAGAAAUCAGCACUCAUCCUCUUCAAGAGGUGUCAAUGGGCAGUUUGAUUAG